AUGGCGUCUACCCCCGAGCCCACACUCGUGAAUAAUGAGAGUUCUCAGGAGCUCAAGAACUUCCAACGACCACCCCGGCGCAUGUCGUGGCUUGAUUAUCUUCUGUUCCGUACCCCUCUCGCCGACGAUGUUUGCAACCAUGAUUACUCCGGAAAAGGCACAGAUAAUGAUCCAUACAUCAUCGACUUUCUAGACAACGACCCCCAAGAUGGUAUGAACUUCUCCAAUGGGCGAAAAUGGGCUAUCACAGUUGCUCAGUCUAUGUCCACGUUUGUGGUAACCUUCUCUUCAUCCGUGUACGCUAGUGGAAUAGAAGGCGUCGUGGCACGCUUCAAUGUGUCCGAGGAGGUGGCUACACUGGGGUUGUCGCUAUUUGUGUUAGGGUUUGCCGUGGGACCGCUGAUAUGGGCACCCAUGUCGGAGAUGUACGGUCGCAAGCCCGUUUAUGUGAUUUCUUUCAUGCUCUACACGGCUUUUAGCGUGGCCGCGGCCUGUUCGCCAAAUAUAACGGCCUUGCUGGUUCUUCGUUUCUUUGCGAGCUCAUUUGGUUCAUCGUCAAUGACGAAUACUGGAGGUGUCAUUGCCGACAUGUUUUGUCAGGAAGAGCGCGGAAUGGCGACGGGAUUGUUUGUCACAGCUCCUUUUCUGGGUCCUGCAAUUGGGCCUAGUGCCGGCGGUUUUCUUGCCCAAGCUCAAGGUUGGCGGUGGCCGCUCGGUUUAAUCGCAAUAAUGGGCGGCGUGGUCUGGAUCGUCACCACACUCGUUACCCCCGAAACAUACGCACCGUUCAUUCUCCGACAUCGAGCGAAAGCCCUCACCCGGAUGACAAAAGCUUCCCAUGUCACCCGAUUCGAUGCGGGAAAGCCACAAAAGACAUUCUCGGAGGAGCUCAGGAUAUCUCUCACGCGGCCCUGGAUUUUUUUGUUCCGUGAACCUAUCGUCUUGCUAACGGGACUGUACGUCUCAAUCGUCUAUGGCACACUAUACAUGUUCUUCGCCGGCUUUCCCAUUGUCUUCCAAUAUACCCGAGGGUGGAGUCAGGGCAUUGCCGGACUACCAUUUGUCGGCGUUGCCAUUGGUGUCUGUUUUGCUACGGUCGCGGCAGGCGUGGACAAUAAAAGAUACGUUCGUGUCUGCGUGGAGGCCGAUGCAAGGGGAACCAUACCCGAGCCAGAGGCUAGACUUAAUAUGGCCAUGAUAGGCUCUUUUAUUGUUCCGGUUGGCCUUUUCAUGUUUGCGUGGACAACAUAUCCAUCUGUACACUGGAUUGUACCCAUUAUCGGCGCGGUAAUCUUUUCAUGCGGACUUGUCAUGGUCUUUAUCUCACUGAUGACCUAUUUGGUCGAUUCUUAUACUGUCUAUGCUGCUUCCGCACUAGCAGCAAAUUCAGUCCUUCGAUCCUUGUUCGGCACCGCGUUCCCGCUAUUUACCACUCAAAUGUAUGAAAAUUUAGGGAAUCAGUGGGCGAGCUCCAUCCCUGCAUUCUUGGUACUUGUGUGCGUACCUUCCCCCUUUUUGUUCCACAAGUACGGUGCAAAGAUACGCGCCAAAUGCAAGUAUUCUCUGGAAGCAGCAAAGGUAAUGGAACAAAUGCGCGGUCGGAAAUGUGCAGUGAUGGAGGGUGAGCCAAAUGGGCUCGAGAGAAAGGUUGAAGAGACUGUUUAG